AUCCCUAUCCACUUCUCAUUUUUCCUCUGCCCAAUUUCAAUAACACUCUGCAUGAAGCGGUCCACUCCACGUGCCCUCUCUCUCUCCUUCGCUUCUCAUUCUCUUCUCCACCGCCGUUUCCCUCACUUUCUGUCACUUUCCCGGGAAAAAAAAUAAAAUGUAACCUCACGCGCUCUACAUGCCACCGCACUCUCUGCCACGCUGCAUCUUAGUUUCAAACCAAACGCUUAUUCCAUUGAUUCCCCAAAAUAUAAAAAGCAGAGAGAGAGAGAGAAAGUGAUGUGCUAGCGAACGAGUGAGUGAGAAAGAGUAACAGAGUGAAGUGAAGCCUACAAAGACAUCCUUCAGAAACCCUCAAUUUUUUUUACGCGAUUUCUGUAUUGUCCUCUUGUGAAUUGCAAACUCCACCGACUUAUCAUCUCACACUGCACCGCUCAACUCAACAUUUGGAUUGCGUAGUAACAUUAUUGCCUCUUUAAUUCGUAGGUUUGGUCUUCGAUUCGCGUGCUUCUUUUGUCUGAUUUUCGGUUUUCUUUGCGAUUUUCUGAGUUUUUGGUAGCUAUGGCGUUUGAGCAAAACUCCGUUCCAGUGGCUCGGGUGGCGGAGGAGCCUCUCGUUUUACCGGCGACUACCGCGGCGGUUGCUGGCGCGGUGCCGAUUUUCUACCCCGCGUCUGUGGCUGAUGCUGGCUUGGUCGGAGUGGGGUAUGGAAAUGUGGCUUCGGUUGGUGGUGGUGGUGCUGCUGCCACGUGGUGUGUUCGCCCUGCUGUGCCUGUUCAUAAUCAUAAUCACUCUGUGAAUCCUGCUGUUGGGUUCUCUCAUGCUCCUAGUUUUACUAAUAGGGUUGCUACUGCUGCUGGUGGUAGCAAUGGUGUUGAUGUUUCGGGUAGUUUUGUGGCUGCUUCUCAUGGGUAUCCUAUGAAUUUGGGAAGCAAUUGGGUUGCCACGAGUAAUGGUAAUGGCUUGGAUAGUAGUAAUAGUAGUAAUAGCAUUAGCAAUAUUAAUGGUAAUGGUAGUGGUCUUCAGGGGAAUGUCAAAGCCAUUAGCAAUGCUAGUGAUCAUGUUGGUGGUGUUGGGGUUGGUUCCAUUUCGAAUACCCCGGCAAGCCAGCGGACUGAUCCGGUGAGUGAGGAGGGUGGGGAUGAUUCGGUUUCGGGACAGAAAAUGAAGUUGAUGUGUAGUUAUGGGGGGAAGAUUUUGCCGAGGCCUAGUGAUGGGAUGUUGAGAUAUGUUGGAGGGCAUACGAGGAUCAUAAGUGUUAGGAGAGAUGUGAGUUUUAAUGAUUUGGUGCAGAAGAUGGUUGGUACAUUUGGGCAAGCCGUGGUUAUCAAAUAUCAGCUCCCUGAUGAGGACCUUGACGCGUUGGUAUCGGUGUCCUGCCCUGAUGAUCUGGAAAAUAUGAUGGAGGAGUAUGAGAGAUUGAUUGAGAGGUGUCCUGAUGGGUCUCCCAAAUUAAGGGUCUUUCUCUUUUGUGCAGCAGAACUUGAUCCUUCUGGUAUGGUACAGUUUGUGAAUUUAGAUGAUGGUGGGAUGAAAUAUGUUGAAGCUGUGAAUGGAAUUACUGAUGGGAUUGGUGGUAAACUCACAAGGAAAGCGAGUUAUACAAGUGCAGCUUCUACCCAGAAUUCUGAUUUGAGUGGGGUAGAUGCUCUUGAUAGCUCAAAUGCUGCUCGAGGGGAUGUCAGUGGGGUACAUGUACCUUUGUCUGGCACAUUAUCACCUGAGGGGAUCGUAGUUGCUUCUCGUGAUACUGCUGCUGCAAAUUCUGUGGUUUCUGAGCCUGGAGUGUCUUACACAGAUGCUUCUGUUGUUUCACUGGGCAUUCGUGCAGUUAAUUCUGGCCCAACUCACACUCCACCUGUCCAGAAUGAGGUGGAGUUUGAAAAGUCUGUAUCUGUUAAUUUUUCUCAUCCUCAAUUUGGGGUCCAGCAACUUGGUUCGGAAAUUCCACCAUCUGCACCUUUGCAGACUUUUGUUGAUACUCACCAGGAAGUUAUGAACCAUGCAGAUUAUGUCCAGCUGCCUCCCCAUAUGGGAUUCCCAAAUCCUCAGCUUUUAGGUAAGCCUUGUUCCAUCUACUCCCAACAGUUUCAUGAUAAUACUUCUCGUUUUGGGUCCCAUCAUGUAAUCCCUGCAGUGCAAAUGACCAUGACUCAGCCCUUUUCUCAUGCUGGUGUAAGACCAAGUGUUAUUCAACCACAAACAUUCAUGCAACCACAGCAGAACCGUUUGGACCAAUAUAAUGAUGAUAAUACUUCAGGGUUAAGGAUUCACCAGCUUCCUGCUGAACAAAGUUACAAUGCAUAUCCGGUUCAAGUCCCUUUUGGAGGUAACUACGGCUGGGUUCAUGUUCCUUUGGCAGAGCAUGUGAUUUUUCCUGAUGCAUUUGUUCCUCAACAACCAGUGAUGAUCCCUGAGAAAGUCCAAAGAGUGGAGGACUGUUAUAUGUGUCAGAAAAAGCUGCCUCAUUCACAUUCAGAUCCUGUGGUUCAGGAUCUUCGUAAUAGCUGUGCUGGUACAAUUCCUGAUUCAGUCCCAAGUUUCUAUAGUGUCCCUAUGGGGGAGAACUCAAGGGCUCAAGCAACAAAUAUGGUUUUGGUGACUGCACCAAUGAAGGAAGACAAUAUUGAACAAGCAGUUGAGACCAGACCCAAGGUCAUUAGCAAAUUGGAUACUCCAGCUGGAGUACCUUCUACUGACACAACUGGACUUUCUUUGGAGUCUGAAGGUGAGAAGGUUUAUAUACAGAAGCUGGAUUGGUCUGAUCAUCCCAGGAAUGCUGUUGUCCAGGAAGCAGUUGUAAGAACAGGUGAAAAACAGUCACCAACUGAUGGGCUGAUGGGAACAUCACCGCUGUCUUAUCAAGAUGAUGUUGCCCGCCAGCAUAUUGUGCCAGUUGAAAACUGGGCUAAAGAGGAUGCUCUUGUGGCUAAACCUGUUAAUAAUGAUAUACCUUUUGUUGGCGGCACAUCUGUUGAAAAUUCUGACUGUAUGGUUCAACAAUGUCCAACAGAAUAUACCAAUGAACUUGCUAGCACUAUUUCAAAAGCAGAUGCUGUGGAGAAUUGGAUAUCACAGGACCUUCUCAAACCUAUUGAUGGAAGGCUGGACAACCCGAAGAUAGGCAAUCCUGAAAAUUUUCUAAAUAAUGAUAAAUUUGAUUACAGCACUCAACAUGCUGUAGAGAAGAAAGGGGUGGUUUCAGAUAACAACCAUGGCAAGUCAAAAUUGACCACUGGUGCAAAUCAAAUUAAUAUGAUGGAUAUGCUUCCUAGUUCUACAGUGGAAUAUAAUGAAGUUACACAACCCCCUGUUUGGGGCAUACCUGGAUCAAAUCCUCAGUCAAAGAGUGGAAACCUUCACAAGGAUGAUGCAGUUUUAUCUUCAGUUCCCCCAUCUGUUAGGCUUGGAGAUGUGCAGGAUUCUUCAAACUCACUUUUUAGCAAUCAAGAUCUCUGGAAUAUACACAGUACCUACUUUCCUCCACCAAGACCUAACAAAGUUGCAUUGAAGAAAGAAACUUAUUCUAAUAAGGACCAGCUCUGUGAGAUUCCAGGCAACAGUGGGGAACAAAAUUUAGAAUCUCAAAUAGACAAUGGCCUCUACCAGACAUUCAAACAGAAUUUAACUUUGGAAGAAGCUAAAUCUGCCAAGGUCUCAUCAGAAGACCGUCAACUUCAAGCUGUUGCCGAAGGUUUAGCUGCUUCUGUUCUGCACUCGAGCACUUCUUCAAAUCUUGAUUUGCAUGCCAGGGAUGUGUCCCAUCAUGAAGACACUGGCAAUGAAGAUGUUCAAAAUAAUCAAACAGAUAUACAGCAUAAUGAUAAAACUCAGGAUCUCAAAAGCCAGCUUCCAGAGAAGGCAAAUUUUGGCUUUCCAGUAUCAGAUGUUGGAGCUUUGCAGGUUAUAAAAAAUUGUGACCUUGAAGAGCUGAUAGAGCUGGGUUCUGGGACCUUUGGGACUGUAUAUCAUGGAAAAUGGAGGGGUACUGAUGUUGCAAUAAAGCGGAUUAAUGAUAGGUGUUUUGCUGGAAAGCCUUCGGAGCAAGAGCGCCUGAGAGCAGAUUUUUGGAAUGAGGCAAUCAAGCUUGCUGACUUGCAUCAUCCGAAUGUGGUAGCAUUCUAUGGUGUUGUGCUUGAUGGCCCCGGAGGUUCUGUGGCGACAGUAACGGAGUAUAUGGUUAAUGGUUCUCUAAGAAAUGCCUUGCAGAAGAAUGGGAGGAAUCUUGACAAGCGCAAGCGUCUUUUGAUUGCAAUGGAUGUGGCCUUUGGUAUGGAGUACCUGCAUGGAAAAAAUAUAGUUCACUUUGACUUGAAAAGUGACAACUUGCUUGUGAAUCUCCGGGAUCCGCACCGCCCAAUAUGCAAGGUUGGUGACUUGGGCCUGUCCAAAGUGAAAUGCCAGACUUUGAUAUCUGGUGGUGUUAGAGGAACUCUACCUUGGAUGGCCCCAGAACUGCUGAACGGGAGCAGUAGCCUUGUUUCAGAGAAGGUUGACGUGUUUUCGUUUGGCAUUGUCAUGUGGGAACUCUUCACGGGAGAAGAGCCAUAUGCCGAUUUGCACUAUGGGGCCAUCAUAGGUGGUAUUGUAAACAACACUUUACGACCUCCAGUUCCAGAAUUUUGUGAUCCAGAAUGGAGAUUGCUGAUGGAGAGGUGCUGGUCAUCAGAACCAUCCGAAAGACCUUCCUUCACUGAGAUUGCUAAUGGAUUACGUUCCAUGGCAACCAAGAUCUCUCCCAAAGGACAAAAUCAACAGCAGCAACCUGCUGUACCACAAAGUCAAGUGCAGAAAUGAGUUCCAACGACUGCAGGAUGCUUAAUCCCUGUUUUGGAUCUGGUUUGUCUUUUUCAUCCAUUCAAUGGAUCAACCCUUUUGUUCAAUAUAUACCCUAGGAAAGAUUUGUAAGUGUUGGCGCAAGGUCAGUAGUUGUCGGGCCUUUUAGCACUGUUGCAUAUUAUUGUAUUACACCAAAACCUCAGUGAAUAUUAUGUGUCCUUUUCAGUUAAACAGAAAAGGAAAAGAAAAGAUCUUCAUAUUUUAAAAUUUUUUUAGUGCUUGUAAAAAUGGAUAUUCUAAAGAGUCACUUACAGUGAUGUUGUUAUGGUAUGGUGACUGUUAUUCUCAUAAUCCCAUGUUUUCAUAUUGAUCCUU